CUCUCUUGUCAUCCCUCUCUCUUUCUUUCGUCGCCGCCGCCUGCCUUUUGUUUUUCCCCUUAAUGGGGAAAAAAUCGAAGGAGCAGCUAUCGGUCCCAGAGCUAUGCGACGCCGUCAAAUCCCUCUUCUCCGCCGACAACCCCUUCCGCCGCAAACCCUCCUCCGAACCUACCUUAGGAGCGCCGCAACCGGCGCCAGCGCUAGGGUCUCCUGCGACUGCUGCGGAGGAUCCCGAGUACCCUCAGAACGUCUCGACCAAGGACAAGAAACGCAGGAGGGAGAAGGACGGAAAACCUAACCCUAGCCCUAGCUCCGCCCCCGACUCGAUCCCGAAGAAGCGGAAGAAACUCGGUAAGGAGGAGGAGGAGGAGGAGGAGGAGGGGAGAGAGAGUCCUAAGAAGAAGAGGCGGAAGAGGAAGAGGGACGAGAUCGAGGAGGAGUACGAGCGGCGGAAGUACGGCGGCGGAGGCGCCGCGGCAGAGAACGGCGAGGAGGGUGAAGGAGGAGGAGGAGGAGGAGGAGGAGAGGUCGUCGUCCGCGUGGGAGGGAAGAGGAAGGCGGAUGACGUGGCAUCCGAGGCUGCGGCCGCCGCAGCGAAGGAGGAUGAGUCCUUUGACGACGAGAGCAAGCUCGUCAAGACGGUGUUCGUCGGGAACCUGCCGGUGAAGACAAAGAAGAAGGCGGUCUUGAAGGAGUUCGGGAAGUUUGGGGAGAUCGAAUCGGUUAGGUUACGAUCGGUUCCCCUGCUAGAUAGCAAGAUUCCUAGAAAAGGUGCCAUAAUCAAAGGGAAGAUCAAUGAUGCUGUUGAUAGUAUUCAUGCGUACAUUGUUUUCAAAGACGAGCAAUCAACACAUGCAGCUUUGUCUAACAAUAUGGCACUGAUUGGAGGGAAUCACAUCCGUGUCGACAUGGCAUGUCCUCCUCGAAAGAAACUUAAAGGGGACGCUCCUCUAUAUGACAGAAAGAGGACUGUCUUUGUGGGUAAUCUUCCUUUUGAUGUGAAGGAUGAGGAACUUUAUCAAUUGUUUUGUGGGGCCAGUGCAUCAGAAUCUAACAUUGAAGCUGUCCGUGUAAUCAGAGAUCCCCAUACAAGCUUAGGAAAGGGUAUUGCUUAUGUUUUGUUCAAAACAAGGGAGGCAGCUAACUCGAUUGUUAGAAAACGAGACCUGCAGAUCCGAGACCGCAUCCUAAGGCUCUGCCAUGUGAAGUCAAUAGAUGCUACCCCAACAAAGCAGAAGGAUGACGAAAAGAAGAAAAAUCUCCGUCAGAAGAGGUUAGCGACAAACCCUAACGAAACACUAUCAGAAAAGAAUGGGAAACCCAGGGCAAAAGCAGCGGCUUUGUCUUACCAAGGGCUGAGGUCGAGCAAAUCCGGCGUAUUGAAGAAGACGAGGUUGCAUUCAAGCAAGAAAGGAAGGAAUGAAGGAAAUAAGAGAGCGGGCGGGGUGGUGGAUCACCAGGCCCGCAAGAGUAAACGCCCGGCGGUUGCUGCUAGGAAGGCAAAGCAGCUCUUGAAGAAGCGGAAACUGGAGAGUGCUACCCCGGAAAAUAUGCAUCGGAAUAAGAAAUUGAGGAAACAAUAGGGAUUUUUGGAACUAAGUUUGCCAAUCACUUCGCAAUGUUUUCCAUGUAAACUGAUUUAACAUUAAGGGUGCGUUUGGUUCGCAUUAUGAAAAAUUAUUAAGAGUAAAAAAAGAUAUUCGAGAAUCUUAUUCC